AUGAUGAGCUCCAACUCUAUCCUCCCGUUUCCUUCAGAAUGUCGAUCUGUUGGUCGACCUUCUCGUAUCACGCCCGCGUUCCAUUCAAUGGAUGAUAACAUUAGUAAAAAACGUCAAAGGAACUUAUCUGAACCAACUGAUGAGAAUCGAAAGCGAGUUUACAAUGCAGAAGGAAAAUUUUCAAAUAAUUCGUGCACAAGGAUCGUGUCGGAAACUGAAGGCGGUCAUUACAACAUCCCUAAGUCCAUCGAAGUGGUCGACGAAAUGAAUGAUCACCAUAGUGAUUCAAAUUCAUCUAUGGAUGAUGAAGGGAAAAAACUUGAUAAUGAUGAGGGGAGAGAGGACCCAGUAUUUGACACUGACGAAUUUCAGCCGUCUGAAAUAGUCAGCAACAAAAACGACCGAGGCAAGGAGCCCAAUGUUUCAGUUGUAAAUGAAGAGAAAGAAGAAGAGCUGAGAGAUAACAGAGGAACUUUUUUCGAACAUUUUUUCCACGAUUCGCUUCCGAUUGAUUUUGAGUUCGAUGGCAAUAGUCUUCAUGCCAUUGGAAAUGACAUCAUGGCUAAGCGCAUUGAGGAAAAGUUCAAGAUAAUGCAAAAAUUAGCUCAUCUAAUCGGAUGUGGACUGGACUGCCACUUUCGUCUGGCACACAGUGAGUUUAAGCUGUUAAUGAUGGUUCGCGGGGCGCCGAGAGUUCUAUUCGGUUCUGCAGUCUCCGUGGUCCCCGAUCCUACCAACAUCAGAAAAUAUGCAACAGCAGGGCAGUUUAUCGAAGAUGCACAAGCUACUUUUUUCGAGAGUAUUCUUCAACUCAUGCCUCGAAACUUGGAGUCUAUAGAGACCACUUUGAAAGUAUCCCUGUUCGAAGGAACUCAAGACAUGGGUGUCUCAAAGCUAUACGACUUUCUGAGAAAUAUCCUUCCCAUUGUAUGGACGGUCCAAGAUGUUUCAUCGCAGGAACAUCAUUUUGACUUGAGUCCGAUUCGAAAUGAGAUAAAACAAUGCGGAGAAAUGCAUCUUCUAAAGUUGGAGAAUGAUCAUCCAGGUUUUACCGAUCGUUGGUGCAGUGAAUGUGGUGUUGGAAGAGCACAAACGUUCUCCGAAUUUAUGGAAAAGAAGUUCAACACCUUCAACUGA